AUGGCCUCCUCGCGACAACUCUUAAAAUCUAUUUCCUCCUCCGCUCGCCUUUUCUCGAACCACCGCACUCAAAAUCAAACGAGAGGGUACAAAGUCGCCGUUUUAGGCGCCGCCGGCGGCAUCGGCCAACCGUGCGGAUUGCUCAUGAAGAUGAACCCGUUGGUGACGGAACUUCGCUUGUACGACAUCGCCGGAACCCCAGGAGUCGCCGCGGACGUCUCGCACAUCAACACCAAGGCGCAAGUGAAAGGGUACUCGCAAGCGGACGACGGCGAGGACGGGUUGAAGAACGCUUUGAAAGAUUGCGAUUUGGUCAUCAUUCCCGCCGGUGUGCCCAGGAAGCCAGGGAUGACGCGAGACGAUUUGUUCAAGAUCAACGCGGGCAUCGUGAAAGGUUUAGUGGAAGCGUGCGCGGAGAACUGCCCGAAAGCGAUGUUGAACAUCAUUUCGAACCCGGUGAACUCGACGGUUCCGAUCGCGGCGGAGACUUUGAAGCAGAAAGGGGUGUACGAUAAGAAAAAAUUGUUCGGCGUGACGACGCUGGACGUGGUGAGAGCGAAGACUUUUUACGCGGAAAAGAAAGGGUUGGAGACGGCGAAAGUGGACGUGCCGGUGAUUGGCGGUCACGCUGGGGUGACUAUUUUGCCGUUGUUUAGUCAAGCGACGCCGAAAGCGGCUUUGACGGACGACGAGAUCGACGCGUUGACGAAGAGAACGCAAGACGGCGGGACCGAAGUCGUCGCCGCCAAGGCUGGUAAAGGUUCGGCGACGUUGAGUAUGGCGUACGCCGGGGCGUUGUUUGGCGACGCGUGCUUGAGAGCGAAGAAUGGCGAAGCCGGCGUCGUGGAAUGCACGUACGUUGAGUCGGACGUCGUCCCAGGGGUUGAGUUUUUCGCCACCAAGGUGAGUUUGGGGAGAGAAGGCGUGGAGAAGAUUCACGGAACGGGCGCGUUGACCGCGUACGAGCAAGCGGGCUUGGACGGUAUGAUGUCGGAGUUGAAGGACAGCAUCCAAAAAGGUUUGGAUUUCGCCAAAGGCGCGUAA